GAAAGUUACAACCGAAAGAAUGAUUUGUUAGUGCACAUGAGAAUUCACUCUGGUGAGAAGCCGUAUUCUUGUGAAACAUGUGGAAAAAGUUUCAGUGACCAAUAUGGUUUUAGAAUACACAUGAGAACUCAUACAGGUGAGAAGCCGUAUUCUUGUGAAACAUGCGGGAAAUGUUUCAGCAGACAGAGUCAUAAGUUGCUCCACAUGAGAACUCACACAGGUGAGAAGCCGUAUUCUUGUGAAACAUGUGGAAAAUGUUUCCGUGACCAGUCUUGUUUAAGACUACACAUGAAAACUCACACAGGUGAGAAGCCGUAUUCUUGUGACAAAUGUGGGAAAUGUUUCAGUCGUCGGAGUAAUUUGUUGCACCACAUGAGAACUCACACAGGUGAGAAGCCAUAUUCUUGUGAAACAUGUGGAAAAUGUUUCCGUGACCAUUCUUGUUUAAGAAUACACAUGAAAACUCACACAGAUGAGAAGCCGUAUUCUUGUGAAACAUGUGGGAAAAGUUUCAGUAACCGAUAUAGUUUGAGAAUACACAUGAGAACUCAUACAGGUGAGAAGCCGUAUUCUUGUGAAACAUGUGGAAAAUGUUUCAGCAGACAGAGUCAUAAGUUGCUCCACAUGAGAACUCACACAGGUGAGAAGCCGUAUUCUUGUGAAACAUGUGGAAAGUGUUUCCGUGGCAAGUCUUGUUUAAGCAUGCACAUGAAAACUCACACAGGUGAGAAGCCGUAUUCUUGUGAAAAAUGUGGGAAAUGUUUCAGUCGUCGGAAUGAUUUAUUGAGCCACAUGAGAAUUCACACUGGUGAGAAGCCAUAUUCCUGUGAAACUUGCGGAAAAUGUUUCCGUUGUCGGAGUGAUUUGUUGCGCCACAUGAGAACUCACACAGGUGAGAAGCCGUAUUCUUGUGAAACAUGUGGAAAGUGUUUCAGGCAUCAGAGUCACAAGUUAGUCCACAUGAGAAUUCACACUGGUGAGAAGCCAUAUUCUUGUGAGACAUGUGGAAAAAGUUUUAGUGAUCAGUCUGGUUUUAAAAUACACAAGAAAACACACAAAGGUGAGAAGCCGUAUUCUUGUGACAAAUGUGGGAAAUGUUUCCGUUGUCGGAGUGAUUUGUUGCGCCACAUGAGAACUCACACAGGUGAGAAGCCGUAUUCUUGUGAAACUUGUGGGAAAAGUUUCAGUGACCGAUAUGCUUUGAGAAAACACGUGAGAACUCAUACAGGUGAGAAGCCAUAUUUUUGUGAAACAUGUGGGAAAUGUUUCAGCAGACAGAGUCAUAAGUUGAUCCACAUGAGAACUCAUACAGGCGAGAAGCCGUAUUCUUGUGACAAAUGUAGGAAAUGUUUCAGUCGUCCGAGUGAUUUAUUGAGCCACAUGAGAACUCACACAGGUGAGAAGCCAUAUUCUUGUGAAACAUGUGGAAAAUGUUUCCGUUGUCGGAGUGAUUUGUUGCGCCACAUGAGAACUCACACUGGUGAGAAGCCGUAUCCUUGUGAAAUAUGUGGAAAGUGUUUCAGGCAUCAGAGUCAUAAGUUAGUCCACAUGAGAAUUCACACUGGUGAGAAGCCAUAUUCUUGUGAGACAUGUGGAAAAAGUUUCAAAGACAAGAAUGAUUUGUUGGUCCACAUGAGAACUCACACAGGUGAGAAGCUGUAUUGUUGUGAGACAUGUGGGAAAAAUUUUUACAGUCAAAGUCUUUUGAUUCGACACAAUAAGACUCACACAGGUGAGAAGCCGUAUUGUUGUGAAACAUGUGGAAAGUGUUUCCUUCGUAGGGAAAGUUUGUUGAGCCACUUGAGAACUCACACUGGUGAGAAGCCGUAUUCUUGUGAAACAUGUGGGAAAUGUUUCAGCGAUCACAGUUAUGUAGUGGUCCAUAUGAGAACUCACACAGGUGAGAAGCCGUAUUCCUGUGGGACAUGUAAGAAAAGUUUCAGCAGACAGAGUAGCUUGUUGGUCCACUUGAGAACUCACACAGGUGAGAAGCCGUACUCUUGUGAAAAAUGUGGAAAGUGUUUCAGUAUUCAGAGUCAUAAGUUGGUCCACAUGAGAAUUCACACUGGUGAGAAGCCGUAUUCUUGUGAGACAUGUGGAAAUAGUUUCAGUGACAAGUCUGGUUUAAGAACACACAUGAGAACUCACACAGGUGAGAAGCCGUAUUGUUGUGAAACAUGUGGAAAGUGUUUCCUUGGUCGGGAAAAAUUGUUGGUCCACAUUAGAACUCACACAGGUGAGAAGCCAUAUUCUUGUGAAGCAUGUGGGAAAUGUUUCAGUGAUCACAGUUAUAAAGUGGUCCAUAUGAGAACUCACACAGAUGAGAAGCCUCAUUCUUGUGAAACGUGUGGGAAACAUUUCAGUCGUCUCAAUCAUAAACUGGUCCACAUGAGAACUCACACAGGUGAUAAGCCGUAUUCUUGUGAAACAUGUGGGAAAUGUUUCAGUUAUCAGAGUAGUAAGUUGAACCACAUGAGAACUCACACAGGUGAGAAGCCAUAUUCUUGUGAAACAUGUGGGAAAAGAUUUACUCAUCGUAGUUCAUUGUCAUUCCACAUGAAAUCUCACAAAGUAAUGAAGUCAUGAAAGACUUUUCAUUCAGAGCGUUCAGUUUUAGCCCAAAAUCCACGGUAUCCUCCAGUUUGAUUUGAUUUUGAAGCUUUAUUUUGAACAUGUCAAAGAAAAAAACAAAAACAAGUAUACAAACAAAAAUAGAAAACAGACAUCCAUCAAUGUAAAUAUUGUCAAUUAAUAUGACCAAGUCAUCCCCAUAUGAGAGUUUCACAUGACCGAAACAGAGUAGACAGAAGAAAACUUAUGUAAUCCUACCCCUUCACAUCAUCCCUGAUCUUAAUGAACAAAAAACUAAAGUUUUAUGAUCAUCAUUCUUAUCAAUCCAUUAAUACUGUGGUGUCAACCGUUAAAACACACCUGUCACUUAAACACCACUAUAACAAACAAUCCUCAUGUUUUCUGACCAUGAACCUCGCCACAAUCAACUCUUCCUGUAUUUUUUUGAAUGGACAUACAUUUGACUGUCAUUUGAUCUCCACGCAUAAUUUAUUCCACAGUUUUACAACAGGAAUUGUAACAAUCAUUUUGGAGUUGUACGGUCUUUAUGAAUUUUAAACUGAAACUCUCCUCUGACAUCAUAUCCUUUAUUUCUGCUGCAAACGUUUUUCUGAAUAUUACCCAGCAGUAAGUUAUUGUUGGCCUUGUCAAUGAUUUGUAUAAUUUUAAACUCAAUAAGAUCUAUAAAUUUUAAAACUUUUGAUUUUGAGAAGAGUGGGAUUGUAUGUUCAUGAAUUCAACAUUGUAUACAAGUCACCCUCACCAGACCCUAAAAUACUCGUGUCAUCUGCAAAUAAUAUGAAUCUCACCAUAUCAGAAACUUUACAAAUGUCACAGAUGUACAGGAUUAACAGUUUGGGCCCCAAGACUGAGCCCUGAGGGACUCCACACACAAUAUCCAGAUGCUUAGAGUAACAGUCUCCCAUCUUCACAAACGGUUUCCUGUCCUCCAGAUAGCUUAUUACCCAGUUCAGUACAACUCCUCUGACUCCAUACUUCUCCGGUAUAUUGAUGAAUAUGUCAUGAUUUAUUGUAUCAAAUGCUUUUUUUUUUAAUCAAUGAAAACUCCAGCUGUGAGGGUUAUUUUUUUUAUUGGCUACAGAAUUUGUGAUUUCCUUGAUAAGCUUAUUUAGAGCCAAUGAAGUUGACCGGUUCUAAAUCCAUCUUGACAUUAAUAUGUCAAUAUCAUCACAGUCUGUGGAUGUUUGGUUGUUACAAUUUCUAUGAUUUCUUUUUCGUCUGUGAAUAUUUUAAUUUCUAUUAUUUCACUAUAAUAGUCUUUCUUGCAUGUUUUCAAUAUGUUAGUUUAGUUUUAUAUUCUUUUAUUUAUUUUCUGCCUCAAUGGUUCAAAAUUUUAUACGUUCUCCAUAUCAUGUAUUUUUCUUUUUUACGUGCAUUUAUCAAUCCCUUUGUGAUCCACUGAUUAUCAUGUCUUCCUUUCCUGCUGUAUUGUUUGGUUGGACAGGUUGAAAGUUGAGAUUGUCGAUAUUAAAAUCUCCUCAGAUGAGCAUAAAUAACCUUCUGAUUUGCUUUCGAGACGUAGUCCUCCAGCCAUUCAUUAAAAAAGUCUGUUUGAGCCCGGUGCUCUAUAAAUGCAGCUCACCAUGACAUUUUUCCUCGUCUCCAGAGAUAUUUCAACAGUGAUUCACUGUAAUAUUUUGUCCACGACUGCUGACAUGUUUUCCACCACCUUAAAGUCCAGAUUCCUGUCAAUGAACAAAGCCGCACCACCUCCACUCUUAUUCUGUUUCUGUGAACCAUUUCAUACCUUCAAUCCCAAAAUCACUGCCCUGUUCAAUAUUUAACCACUUUUCUGAGAUUGCAGUAAUGUUGUCUGGGGACAGUGGCAGGUGGGGAGAUUGACUGGGGCGCUACACCUGUCAAACGGUAAUGCAGGUGUCCUAAGGCCAGCUCAGGGACGACGGAAACCUCCCGUAGAGCAGAAGGGCAAAAAGCUCGCUUGAUCUUGAUUUUCAAUACGA